AUGGCACCUUUCGGCACUAUCUACUCUUACACCCCCAGCCCCCGGGUUGUCAAGGCCCAAGCUGCAGCCAACCUCAACGGCCUCGAACUCUCCGUCCCCGAAUUCACCUUCGGCCAAACCAACCGCACCCCCGACUUCAUCUCCAAGUUCCCACUGGGCAAAGUGCCCGCCUUCGAAGGUGCCGACGGCACCACACUCUUCGAAUCCGACGCUAUCACCCAAUACAUUGCCGAGAGCGGCCCCGCCGCUGACCAGCUGGUUGGAGCUACACCUGCCCAGCGCGCCCAGAUCCGUCAAUGGAUCUGCUACGCCCAGGGUGAGGUCUUGGACCCCGUUUCCCAGCUUGCGCUGUGGAGACUGGGUAUCUAUACCUAUGAUGCCAAGAAUGAGACUACCAAUGCUGAGAAGUUGCACCGCUCGCUUGCUUGUCUUGACUUGGCGGAUAUCACUGUUGCUGCUGCUCUUAUUUGGGGUUUCGCCACUUUCAUUGAGAAGGAGGAUCGCGAGAAGUACCCCUCUGUUGUUGCUUGGUAUGAGCGCACUAUUGAGACUGAGGGUGUUAAGCAGGCUUUCGGUGAGAAGAAGUACAUCGAUAAGCGCAGUGCUCCCCCUUCUUAA